AUGCAGGCUCGAAGACAACUCAUCACAUCCGCCCGGCGGUUCGGGCUCACCAUUUCUCCACUAUCAAGAUCAUCUCGGCCACUGCUGUCAAGGGCUGUCCUCAAUGACAUCACUACCCAUAGCGCUCAACGCCUUCCUGUUGUCGCCUUCAGGGCAUAUGCAUCAGGCCGCGGGCCGCAUCCUCCAGGUGGCACUCACCGCAUGGAUAUGGGUGGAGGCGAGCCUGAGAAGCCAGCAUUAGAGCAAUUUGGUAUCGAUUUGACCCAGAGAGCGAAAGACGGCAAGCUGGAUCCUGUAAUUGGGCGAGACUCAGAAAUCCAGCGAACCAUCCAGAUUCUUUCGCGCCGUACUAAGAACAAUCCAGUUCUCAUCGGAAACGCAGGCACAGGCAAGACUGCCAUCCUCGAAGGUCUUGCCUUGCGAAUCGUUCGGGGUGACGUUCCUGAAAGUAUCAAGAACAAAAGGGUCAUCUCGUUAGAUCUUGGCUCCUUAAUUGCUGGUGCCAAGUUUCGGGGUGACUUUGAGGAACGUUUAAAGAAAGUCCUCGACGAGGUCCAGAAGGCCGAGGGCGAAGUCAUCCUCUUCAUCGACGAGCUACACACACUCCUUGGUCUCGGCAAGGCCGAAGGCUCUAUUGAUGCCUCCAACCUGCUGAAGCCAGCACUCGCAAGGGGGGAGCUCCAGUGCUGUGGUGCGACUACGCUGGACGAGUAUCGACAGAUUGAGAAGGAUGUCGCUCUUGCGAGGCGCUUCCAACCCAUCAUGGUCAAUGAGCCCAGUGUCCAGGAUACCAUUAGCAUUUUGCGUGGCAUCAAGGACAAGUACGAAGUGCACCAUGGUGUGCGCAUCACUGAUGGCGCCUUGGUUGCUGCCGCCACCUACUCAAACCGCUACAUCACCGACAGGUUCUUGCCAGACAAGGCCAUCGAUCUGAUGGAUGAAGCUGCAAGUCAUUUGAAGCUCCAACACGAAUCAAAGCCCGAGGACAUCAUGGCUUUGGACCAGAAGAUUAUGACGAUCCAGAUCGAGUUGGAAAGUCUACGGAAAGAAAAGGAUGUCGCCAGCCGCGAGCGACGCGAAAAGCUUGAGACCGAUCUCAAGGCACUUCAGGAGGAGAUAUCGGGACUGACAACCCGAUGGGAAAAGGAGCGUGCUGAGAUUGAGGCCGUCAAGAACGCACAGGAGGAGCUCGACAAGGCAAAGGUGGAACUGGACGUUGCUCAGAGAGAGGGUAACUUUGGUCGAGCUGGUGAGCUGCGGUACAGUGUCAUCCCCUUCCUGGAGCAGAAAAUCCCCAAGGAAGAGGACAAACAGGAUGGCUCCCUCAUUCACGACUCGGUUACCGCAGACGACAUUGCUGCUGUGGUGUCCCGCAUCACAGGGAUCCCCGUCUCGAAGCUCACUUCUGGCCAUAUUCAGAAGCUGGUCCACAUGGAGGAUGCCCUCCAGGCGUCAGUCCGUGGCCAGGACGAGGCCAUCAAGGCGGUGUCGAAUGCUGUACGUCUUCAACGAGCGGGUCUCAGUGGCGAUAAUCGGCCCCUAGCCAGCUUCUUCUUCCUGGGCCCAACAGGUGUGGGCAAGACGGAGCUUUGCAAGAAACUCGCGGGCUUCUUGUUCUCGACAGAGUCGGCAGUCGUUCGCUUCGACAUGUCCGAAUUCCAGGAAAAGCAUACCAUCUCCCGUCUGAUUGGUGCUCCAUCUGGCUAUGUUGGCUACGAAGACGCUGGUCAGUUGACUGAGGCUGUUCGUCGCAAACCCUACGCCGUCUUGCUCUUCGACGAGUUUGAGAAGGCCCAUCGCGAUAUCUCAGCUCUCCUGCUCCAAGUUUUGGACGAGGGCUAUCUCACCGACGCCCAGGGUCACAAGGUCGACUUCCGAAACACCAUCAUCGUCUUCACCUCCAACCUGGGUGCGGAUAUUCUUGUUGGAGCCAACCCCUCUCACCCCUAUACCGAAACAGGAGACGGCGACGUGAGCCCCGACGUGCGCAAAGCCGUCAUGGACGUUGUGGCCAGCGCCUAUCCGCCCGAGUUCCUCAAUCGUAUAGACUCCUUCAUCGUUUUCAAGCGGCUCGCAAAGAUGGCCCUUCGAGAUAUUGUCGACAUCCGCCUGCGCGAGCUACAAGCUCGCCUCGAUGAUCGGAGGAUCACUCUCAAUGUGUCUCCCGACGUGCGGGACUGGCUCGCCGAGCGAGGCUACGACCCACGCUUUGGUGCUCGUCCGCUGAACAGGCUCAUCACCAACGAGAUCGGCAACGGGCUUGCAGAUCGCAUCAUCAGGGGCGAGCUGAAGAUGGGCGAGACUGCCGAAGUGGUUAUUAAGGAGGAUGGAUCGGGACUUGAGGUGAAGAGUGGUGUUGCAGGUGUCGAAGCAGAGGGAUCUACUUCCGCUUGA